AACUUCUGUGUCCUUACAACAAUCUAGAAAAUUCUUCCAAGAGAGAAUGACUGUUUCCCCUUGAAAAACAAUUUUAUUUCCAAACCCCUUUCUAGAUUGUUUUCAUGAUUCAGGUGUGUAGUUGAAGCAGAAUGUCUCCUCUACAUACUACAUGCUUGAUUUUAAGAAUGCUCUCUUAAUAUCUUUUGGCUUCGGCUUUCUAAUUAUAAAAUAGUUGAAAAUGCUUUAUGAUUUUAUAAGUAUAUAAAAAGCAUAAGGUUCAAAACAGAGGCUAUAAGUGUGCUUAGCCAACUAUUAGAAAUAAUGCACAUUCCCGUGAUUAAUUAGCUACAACUACACUAAGGAGUUCAUCAAAAUGAAGGGAUUAGAAAUGAUGCUGAAAGGGCAAAAAUAGGCAGGGAUGGCCUCUGCCUGGGUCUAACUUUCUGUCUGACUCUCUCUCAGCUCCUGAACACCCACCGCCGACAUGUCCUGCCAGCAGAGCCAGCAGCAGUGCCAGCCCCCUCCCAAGUGCACCCCCAAGUGCCCUCCCAAGUGCCCCACCCAGAAGUGCCCCCCAAAGUGUCCCCCUAAGUGCCCUCCAGUCUCUUCCUGCUGCAGUGUCAGCUCCGGAGGCUGCUGUGGCUCCAGCUCUGGGGGCUGCUGCAGCUCUGGGGGAGGUGGUUGCUGUCUGAGCCACCACAGGCGCCGCAGGUCCCACUGCCAUAGACCCCAGAGCUCUGACUGCUGCAGCCAGCCCUCAGGGGGCUCCAGCUGCUGUGGAGGGGGCAGUGGCCAGCACUCUGGAGGCUGCUGCUGAAGUGGAUCCUGAACCUAGAAGAACACAAACGACCAAAUAUUUCCCUCUCCUCUUCCUUCUCCUUCCGGGCCUGCCCAUGUUGCUGAGAGGUCUUGGUGAAGACUGAGCUCAAGCAUAGAGGAUUCUUCUGUCUUGGAGUUCAGAAGCCCAAAACUUCUCCCACAAAGUCUUUUAAUGACCUCGGUUUGCAUAUGUGUGGUUGCUCUGGGAAGCCCAAAACACAGACCUGUAUCCCUUUGCAGCUUGUCUUUUUACAUAGCUCAGCCUGAUGUGAAACAAUAAAACCAGAAAUAUGCAUUCC